AUAGAAAGUAUAAAAUCGAUAUUGCCAUCGGAGUAAACUGCUGCCAAUUGUUGAGGCUUGUCUUUAGAUUCAUAUUUUUUUUUACUACAUUUUUUGCGUUCGCACACGCAAUAAUUUAAUGAAACGCAAUUGAUAUUUGGGUGUGCUGGUGCAAAUGGAUCAGUUCUCGCACGACUUGACCCUCGCCCUGGAGGAAACAUCGCUCAUGGACAGGGCGUGCGGCGUCGGUAGGUGGGGCUCGCGUCGAAGAACUCGAUCAACGGGUAAUUUGCCUUGUGCGCCGCAGCCCACAGAGGAUUCGUCGAGCAGCCCCACAGACACAUUGAACAAUGCACACGGGCUCGGACACGGAGCACAUUCAAAUGCCAAUGCGAAUGUGGAUGGUCUGGACCCUCAUAUACACGUUGACAUGCUGCCGGCGAGCGAUUCGGAUGACAAGGCAGAGGCAAUGCUUCCACUGCGUCUUCCUGUCAAAACGCUCAAUGCUGCAGCUGCCGUUCGCAUGGGCACAGGAGCCCUCGAGUCGGACUCAUUGAACGAAACCAAUUUUAGUCCAGCGCGCUUUUACAAGCCAAAUUCACGGCGGAAACGAAAGAUCAAACGUAUGUCCAUGGAGUUUGAGUUUAGUAAAGACAACAACCUGGCUGUGUCGCCGCAUAGCUUCACGGAGUCACCGCUGCAUCCGGGCAUGCUAGGAGGCUGCAUCUCCGGCACGGGCACAGUACGCAAGCGUCUGCUGAAGGCGGAGAGUGGAAAUCGAUCGCAUUUGUUUUUUUGCGGCAAACGGAAGCGCUCCAAUCGUGAUCGCUAUCACGAAUGCGAUCACGACGCAGGCGUUUCACGCGACGGUAGCGGCUGUGCCGUCUCCAGCAAUUUACACUCAUCGAGCAUGCCGCGCUACACACACAUGGAGGAGUACCAUAGGAUGCGGCCCCGUAGCUACUCAUCCACAUCGAAGCCGCACAGCGACCGCCUACUGCCGCUUAACAAGGGGCUGCUCUCCAAAAUCAAUCGCAUUGCGAAAAAUCAAACGCAACAAGCACAAAAGACUGACAACACAUCGAACAUGGAGGAGGGCCUGGAGCCGGAACAGGUAGAGGCGCAGGUGCUGCUCCAAUCAGCACAAACAGCGGCCAAGCAGCAGCAACAACAACAGCAGCUAGAUAUGAACGAGAGUUCAGCCAGUUGCGCUGGCCCUGGUAGCUUCGGCAUGGAAACACUUGUGCCUGUCAACGACAUUGAGACGCUGCUGAAUCACUCGGAUAAAAUGCCGCAGCAGCUGCCUGUGGACAGCGCAAUCACAGACUUCAAUCACAUGCAUCGCAAGAAAUCGCAUUAUGGCCACAUCCACGGCAGUGGCUCCACGACGAAGUCGCAUCGCAGACGCCGCUUCUGCCAGACGCCGCAAUCGAUGCAGGUGCAGUCAAUGGACUGCAGUGAGCUCUACGAUUUUCUUAGCUCCAGUUCGCUGAGCUCCUCGUCGGACAGCGAUGAUGGCCAUCGUCUGCACGAUACGGAUCGCGAGGGCGACGACGAGCUGACCGAUUGGCCUGGCAACGAAUUUGGCCCCGGUGGCAAAUACGAUCCCAAGCGCAAGCUGACCAAGAAAUCCCUGUUACCCCAAAUACGCUCCGAUGAUACAAUUGGCGAGGAUGACACGCUAAUGUCCGGCACGGAGGCCACAGCAACGAUGCCUUUCACAGAUAGCUACGGCGGCGGCACGUCGCAGUCGCCUCCGCUUACAGAUGCUUUGCAGGAUUUGUCACGCUUUCAGCUGGCCGCCAGCUCAGAGCCGAUUGAGAUCAGCGGCGGGGGCGCCAAUCGAAGCGUUGGCUUCAUUGACGUCAACAUCUGCAUGGACACGGAGCGCAGCAUGAAUGGCAUGCCAACCAUUGUGAAGCAGAUCGAGAGCGAGAUGUCCGGCGAGACAUCCAAUCCAUUCCUCUCCUCGUCACCGCCCCUGCAAAUGCUGGAGGUGCGCGAGAUACGCGCCGGCUGCCGACGCAUCAAUGGCAACGAUCGGCCCGGUUUCAGCAUAAAAUUAGGCGUUAAUGAACGGCUUGCGCGCUUCCUGCAGGAUGCGCGCCAGACUCAGAUCCGUUUGCCGGAUAUUGAGCUCUACGAGCAGGAUAGCCUGCUCAACCUGGCCACGCUCUACUCGCUCAGCAUGGUCGUCGAAAACGGCUGCACCGUGCUAACGAAGACCAGUUGCUUUCUAUAUGACAGAAACACUACUCAAUCCGUACACAUCGAUCCGCAGCGCGACCUACAGCACCGGCCGGACUUGUUUGGCGACUACAAGCGACGAUGCUACGGCGGAGAUGCAGCUGACCCCACGGCACCCACAUCCGUGACGCCGUCGGCGGCCAAUGCCAACGCCAAUGCGAGCGCUGCCACCUCGCCAGCUGCCGAGAUGCUGCCGAAACCGUGAAGUGAAGUGAGGUGAACUAAUCAAACAGCAUACAAAUAAGAAAAUCACAAACAAACGAGGAACAAGAUC